CGUUAUCGCGCUGCUCUUUGCGUGCGCGACUUCCACGGGGCGGUCGAGCGGACUAAGCGUGUGGUAUUCUUUCCCUUUUAGCCUUCGUGGUGGCAAAAUUAGGAGCUGUUAUUUAUAGUAAAGGUCCCCUUUCAGCGUCUUAUGGGAGAUACUGCUGGAAAUGACUGCAUUGAGCAAUACUCGGAAGACAUCUAUGCAAGCUUCAAAGCAGACCUCUCAAGAGGAAAUAGAUUUUACUAAAGAUAUUGUAGAAGUGCUUGAGAUGGAGCAGUCUCCUGAACACUGUGCAACUGGAUCACAGUCUCCAGCUGUAGAACCUCCUUUGCCAGCAGCAGAACCUCCUUUGCCAGCUGCAGAACCCCCUUUGCCAGCAACAGAACCACAUACUCCACCUCUUCCUCCAGAUUUUGAAAAGUAUUGGAAAUCUGUACAAGCUUAUCCUGAAGACUUUAACACUUGGACAUACUUGUUACAAUAUGUAGAACAAGAGAAUCAUCUGUUUGCUGUUCGGAAAGCCUUUGAUGCGUUUCUUGCACAUUAUCCUUAUUGUUAUGGCUACUGGAAGAAAUAUGCAGACUUGGAAAAAAAGAACAAUAACAUAUUGGAAGCUGAUGAGGUGUAUAGAAGGGGCAUUCAAGCUAUCACAUUAAGUGUUGAUCUUUGGAUGCAUUAUCUUAAUUUCUUGAAAGAAACUUUAGAUCCUGCAGACCCAGAGACAAGUCUUACAUUAAGAGGAACCUUUGAGCAUGCAGUUGUUUCAGCAGGGCUAGACUUCAGAUCUGACAAGCUAUGGGAAAUGUAUAUUAAUUGGGAAACGGAACAGGUCAACUUGAGUGGUGUCACAUCAAUUUACAGCCGGCUUCUUGGGAUUCCUACCCAAUUCUACAGUCUUCAUUUUCAGCGGUUUAAAGAACAUAUUCAGGGACAUUUGCCUAGAGAAUUUUUAACAUCUGAAAAGUUUAUCGAACUUCGAAAGGAGCUUGCUUCUAUGACUCUGCAUGGUGGAACAAAUGAUGAUAUUCCUUCUGGGCUUGAGGAGAUAAAAGACCCUGCAAAGCGUACUACAGAAGUUGAAAACAUGCGUCAUCGUAUAAUUGAAGUUCAUCAGGAGAUUUUUAAUCUCAAUGAGCAUGAAGUCAGCAAGAGGUGGAACUUUGAAGAAGCAAUAAAACGACCUUACUUUCAUGUUAAGCCUUUGGAGAAAGCACAGCUUAAUAAUUGGAAAGAAUAUUUGGACUUUGAGCUAGAGAAUGGGUCAAAUGAACGCAUUGUUAUUCUUUUCGAAAGAUGCGUCAUUGCUUGUGCCUGCUAUGAGGAGUUUUGGAUCAAGUAUGCCAAGUAUAUGGAGAAUCACAGUGUGGAGGGGGUGAGACAUGUUUACAGUAGAGCAUGUCAAGUGCAUCUGGCGAAGAAACCUAUGGUUCAUUUAUUAUGGGCUGCAUUUGAAGAGCAACAGGGUAACCUAGAGGAAGCGAGACAGAUACUAAAAAAUAUAGAAACAGCUGUAGAGGGUCUGGCUAUGGUUCGGUUGCGAAGGGUAAACUUAGAGAGAAGACAUGAAAAUGUAAAAGAAGCAGAAAAAUUAUUGGAAGAAGCCAUGAACAAAGCAAAAACUAGCAGUGACUCGUCUUUCUAUGCAAUUAAGCUUGCCAGGCACCUUUUCAAAGUGCAAGCUAAUGUUGUGAAAGCAAGGAAAGUGUUGUCUGAUGCCAUAAAGAAAGACAAGGAAAAUACAAAGUUGUACCUCAAUUUACUGGAACUAGAAUAUAAUUGUGAUUUCAAGCAGAAUGAAGAGAACAUUUUAGCGGCUUUUGACAAAGCAAUAAAAAGUCCAAUGUCUAUAGCAAUGAGAGUUACAUUUUCGCAAAGAAAAGUUGAAUUCUUAGAAGAUUUUGGUUCUAAUGUUAACAAGUUGUUGGAUACAUACAAUGAGCAUCAGAAGCUUCUAAAAGAUCAAGAUUUGAAGAGGAAAGCUGAAAACGGGUUGGAGCAGCCAGAAACAAAGCGACUGCAUGCAGAAGAAAUGGGUACAGUCGCUUCAGUUCCAGUUACCACUGCAAACAUGGAUACAACUCCGUCAGGAUAUAACUAUGGGAGCUGGUAUCAGUACAACUAUCCAGCCAACUGGAAUUUUGGACAGUACUACAAUACUCCAUCAACCUGAAGACCUAACCAGCAUUGAUACUCUAUGAAACAUCGAGUAUUUUUUCAAAGUUGUAAAAUGUCCAUUUGUUUAUUUCUUCCAAAUUGGGAGAACCUGAGCACUGGGUAUCACUGCAGAUAUACACUUAGUGAGCACAGUAAACAUUGUUUUCAUGUUUCAAACUUUUUCCUGGAAUCCAUGGAAUAUAUAAAUGUAUUUUUGCCAAUUUAUUUUUGUGUUGUGGCUAAAAUGUCUGCCUAUGGGAACAUUAUUACUCGGCAUCUGUUCAAAAAAACUUUUUUUUUUUUUCUAAUAUUUUGAGUGAUUUUUCAUAGAGAUUUGGAUAAACAACCUGAAGAUCUGCCCGAUAAGUUCUAGUGUGUGAUUAGUUCACAUUAGUCUAGUACUGAGGGGAAGUGCACAUUUAUAUCAAAAAGGUAUUCGACUUUACUUUUAGUAGAUAUGUUAGAAUAGACAAAAUAACUUCACAAGUAAAAUCAGUAUUUGAGAUUUUUGUGAUUUUUAGAAUGGAAGUUGCUAGCAUUCAUCUCUGUGUAGUGUUUUCUCAUUCUCAUCAACAGUUACUGUAUUUGGUUUAUUAAUAAAGAAUUGCCCAAUGUA